GAGUGAAAAAACAGAAAAUGAGAGUCGGGUACGGACUCUCGCUUCUUCUUCGCACUGUAAGAGAGAGAGACAACGGGACACGAAGAAGUGAACGAAGAGCAAGGAACAGAAGCUGAAGCUUAAGCUGAGAUUGGAGUAACGAGAACAAUACGAGAAAGGAAAGGCUUUUUACCUCCAGAAAAAUAAUGCCGCCUCAGUCCCCACCCCCCAAACCCCACAAUUACUACUUCUUCUACGGCCACCGCAAGCCCUCCCAGAACCGUCCCGUCGUCCGCGGUGGCCUAUUCUCCAAUCGCCAAUCCCUCUCCCGGACCCAACCCCAGCCCCAGCCCCAGCCCCAGCCCCAGCCGUUUCAUCUUGAGAACUGGGACCCUCACUCCCUCCUCCACGGAUCCCCCCCGUCCGCUUCUCCUACUUCCCCUCCCCAAAACUUCUUCUCCUCCUCCCUCCGCCUCUCCCCUAUCGCCCGAUUCAUUUCCGACUCCUUCCGCAAGAACCACUUCCGCUGGGGCCCACCCGUCGUCUCCGAGCUCAACAAGCUCCGCCGCGUCACCCCCAGCCUCGUUGCCGAGGUGCUCAAAGUCCAAACCGACCCCACCCUCGCCUCCAAUUUCUUCCAUUGGGCAGGUAAGCAGAAAGGCUUUAAGCAUAAUUUCGCUUCCUACAAUGCUUUUGCCUAUUGUUUAAACCGUAAUAAUCGAUUUCGCGCCGCCGAUCAAUUGCCCGAGUUGAUGGAAUCCCAAGGCAAGCCACCUACCGAGAAACAAUUCGAAAUCUUGAUCAGAAUGCACUCGGAUGCCAAUAGGGGUCUUCGGGUUUACUACAUUCAUCAGAAAAUGAAGAAAUUUGGGGUCAAACCUAGAGUUUUUCUGUACAACAGGAUUAUGGAUGCAUUAGUUAAAACCGAUCAUCUAGAUUUAGCGUUAGCGGUUUAUGAGGACUUCAGGAAUGAUGGUUUGGUUGAAGAGAGUGUUACUUUCAUGAUUUUGAUAAAAGGGUUGUGUAGAGCGGGGCGAAUCAACGAAAUGCUGGAAGUUUUGGGGAGAAUGAGGACCAAUUUGUGCAAGCCGGACGUCUUUGCGUACACAGCCAUGGUGAAGGUUUUGCUUUCAGAGGGGAAUUUGGAUGGCUGUUUGAGCGUUUGGGAGGAAAUGAGGAGGGACAAAGUGGAGCCUGACGUGAUGGCGUAUGCCACUUUGGUUUCAGGAUUGUGCAAAGGUGGGAGGGUGGAGAGAGCGUAUAAGUUUUUCAAGGAGAUGAAGGAGAAGGGCUGUUUGAUUGAUAGAGUGAUAUAUCGGUCUUUGGUUGAGGCAUUUGUGGCAGACGGGAAGAUAGGGUUCGCAUGUGGCUUGUUGAAGGACUUGGUGGAUUCUGGGUAUAGGGCUGAUUUGGAGAUCUAUAAUUCGCUUAUUGAGGGUUUGUGUGGUGUGAAGCAGGUUGAUAAGGCUUACAAGCUUUUGCAAGUCACUGUGCAGGAGGGUCUUGAGCCAGACUUUGCGACUGUGAAUCCUAUGUUGGUAUCAUAUGCUGAGAUGAGAAGGAUGGACCACUUUUGCAAGUUGCUGACUCAAAUGCAGAAAUUAAGAUCUUCUGUCAUCGACGAUCUUUCUAAAUUCUUUACGUUUAUGGUUGCGAAAGCGGAGAGGACGCUGAUGGCAGUAGAAGUGUUUGAAGACUUGAAAGGAAAAGGUUAUUACAGCGUUUCAAUCUAUAAUAUUCUCAUGGAGGCUCUUCACAAGAGUGGGGAGGCCAAAAAGGCAUUAUCACUCUUUGAUGAGAUAAGGGAAUCGACCUUUGAACCUGACUCAUCAACUUACAGUAUUGCAAUUGAGUGCUUUAUUGAGGUUGAUGAUAUUAAAGAGUCAUGUGCAUGUUACAAUAAAAUCACAGAGUUGUCUUCGGUUCCUUCUGUUGCUGCUUAUCGUGCUCUUGCUAAAGGGCUCUGCAAAACUGGAGAAAUUGAUGCAGCUCUGAUGCUUGUUCGUGACUGCUUAGCCAACAUUACAAGUGGCCCUAUGGAGUUCAAGUAUACUCUUACCAUUCUUCAUGCAUGUAAAUCAGGUGAUGCUGAGAUGGUGGUUGAGGUACUGAAUGAAAUGAUGCAACAGAGAUGUCCUCCAGAUGAUGUUAUAUACUCUGCUAUCAUUUCUGGCAUGUGUAAGCAUGGGACUAUAGAAGAGGCAAGGAAAGUUUUCUCGAAUUUGAAAGACCGCAAGCUGUUAACAGAAGCCAAUAUGAUUGUGUACGAUGAAAUACUAGUUGAACAUAUGAAGAAGAAGGCAGCGGACUUGGUGGUGUGUGGAUUGAAGUUUUUUGGUCUAGAGUCCAAGCUGAAAGCAAAGGGUUGUAGAGUGCUGUCAAGUUGAAAAUUUGCACUCAGGCACUCGUUUCAUUGAUUUAUCACUUUGGUAACAAUUAAAAACAAACAUUUAACCGAGAACCCGAGAGAGCUCAACUUUUGAUUUGACUUGCGGUUCUCAAUCAAUAGCAUGAAUGUUAACAGAGCCGAUUAAGUUCGUUUUUGUGGGGCUACUCAUCUGUCAGCGAAUGUAGUUGCUCUACCCGAUUUCCUUCUCUCCAGAAACCAGAAAGUGGCUCUUGGAUUGGAGAAGUUUGAGGGGGCAAAGGCAUGAUUCCCUCUUUUUUUUGGGUGUUUGUUGUUGUGGGGGGAUACCCUUAUGGUCUUUCUAGAUAAGAACUUGGUGGAAGAAAAGAUGGGAUUUCCACGGUGGCUGCAAAUCCUUGUGACAUGAUUUGUAUUUGGUAGAAUCACUUGUGGAAGUUUUACAUCAUCAUGUAUAAAGCUUGCUUCUUCUUGUCAGGACAGAUCGAUUCCUCUACCGAAUGGGAUAGAUUAUAAAGCUCAAAACAACAAUGUCCGUCCUGGCAAAGCGGAAACUACAGGAGAAGCCUCAUCUCCAUUUGGGAUUGAAUUUUUUAUUGAGUUCUUCUACGUACAAGCACGUUGCGCACCAUUUUGGGCACUAUUUGCUGAUGUGGCAUGUAAAAUUAUUUAAAAAAAAAAAACGCAGAAGAAGAUGGAAACGAAAUUAGAACAUGCUUCAGCCAUUUUCAUUUCUGCGACCAGCUCAUCUAUGGAUGUCCUCCACCAUUUUCAUC